AUGGAUUUUGCAGAGCGUGCCUGUGUCAUCGAUGUGGGUCGGUCGAUGAUAUCUGUUUGCGUCUCUUCCGCGGGCGAGGUGCAGAGGUGGCAUGUAGCGGUUUCCCGCGAUGCGGCGGUGACGCUGACGGCUGCUGACCUGCUUGUACCGGGCGGAAGACACUCCGUUGCCUUGGAUCGUCUUCUCGACAUGGCUGUAACGACUAUGCGACUCGCCACGAUGACGCAGGUGGUUGUUCUGUCGCGAAGUUGGGUGCAUCCGCUUUUUUACACGUACGUGAUGCGCUGGCUCUGCGCGGGGGUUCCCUCUACCACUUGUGUGUCACAGGUGCCGCAGGCACUUUUUGCUGUUCAAUGCGCCGGUGUCAAGAGCGCCCUUGUCGUGCAAUGUGAUAAUGGAGUACUUUUUGCCACCCCCGUGCUGGAUGGUGUCAUUUCUUCCGAGCUGGAGUCCGUAUGGGGCGACCUUGGCACCUCUGCCACAGUCGGUGCUCCGCUGGUGGAGGACUGCUUCAGAGAAGUUAGAGACCGUCUUAUAGAAUUUAUGCAGCGGAAUGACCAGCAGGCAGACUGUAAAGGUCAUUCUGAGGCAACGUGCUCAGGCACACCGCAGUCCACGUUGCUCACGUGUGCGGAAGAUCUGUUUUUAGCAGUGGAGCAGCACAUUGCCGCGUGCCGAAAGCGGGAGCUUCGAGCCUGUAUCGAAACCGUGGUCUUGUGCGGCGAUGACGUCAUAGCUCCGGCAACCCGUCAGCUUAUCGCCCUGGUGCUUUCUGCGUCGCUUCCUGACAGCUUGUUGAUGUGGGUAUAA